AUGCGCAACGGAAGCGUUCACAACGCCGGUGGCCAACUAGCUAGCUCGUUUUUCAUAUCUAUCUAUCUAUCUAUCUAUCUAUCUAUCUAUCUAUCUCUAUCUCAUUCUCUUAAUAUUUAUCUACAUUAUUUACCUACCUACUUACCUACCAUGUUCCAUAUCUAUCUAUAUAUCACAGCAUAUCUAUCUCAUCUAUCUAUCUAUCUAUCUAUCUAUAUAUCUAUCUAUCUAUCUAUCUAUCUCUCUCCCCACCUCUCUCUCUAUAUAUAUAUAUAUAUAUAUAUAUAUAUAUAUAUAUACCACAGCAUGGCCAUUAUCUAUCUACCUGUUAAUGUUCAUAUCUCGCUCUCUCACUCUAUCUAUCUAUCUAUCUAUCUAUCUAUCUAUCUAUCUAUCUAUCUAUCUAUCUAUCUAUCUAUCUACACACACACACACGUGCACGCGUGUGUGUAUCUCUCUGUUUGA